GAAUCUUAUUCCAUGCAACUCUGAUGUGGUUAUGUGAGCGUGUUUACACUUUGCUAAAUACAAAAAUGCUAAAGUUACGUACGCUCUGCCUUACAAAUCCCGCUUUAAUCACUGCACAGCGGCAUGUGGCCCUUAGUGCCGUACGCUGCGUCGAUCAAGGCUGGCGAGCGGCAAAGGGAUUGCCCGAGAAUCCAAAUGCAUUUGGUCCACUCACGAAUUUGCCGGAUUACACAUACCUGGACGGCAGACCAACCCCACUGGGCUCCAAUCAGCAUAAGCGGCUACUGAAGCAACAGGAGAUUGCUGCCAAAAUUGUGGAACUCAGCAGCGAAUUAGACUUUGCGAAGGAACGCCACGAACGUCUUAAGAAGCAGGCCCAGGCUGAAAAGCAACGCAUUAUACAGAAUAAGCUUAAACCCAAAGGACAUCUAUUGUUAAAGAAGAAAUAAUUCUGUUAACUUACCGUUAACCUUAAAUGUAAAUUAACUUUAAUGUU